CAGAAUGCUACUUCUUAGACGAUGCUUUUGUAAAGUCUGAAACCAGCCGUCGUCACCUAGUACGCUUGUUGCUGGGCGUCAUGUGAGCUGCAGUUCCAACCCACAUCGCUGUGUUUCCAUAACCCCACCUGUAACAUCGUAACCACUCCCCUAAAGAGUUAUCAUGUUGCAAACAGUGUCAUUCCAACGACCGUGCGCCAGUGUCCCGCCGGGUCUAAUGGCUUGCCCAACACAACGGCGCACUUCAGUGCUACGCCGGGGGUUACGACCGACGCGGCAGAUAACAGCAUCAGCUGCUGAAGACCCACUUAGGACCUUCAUGCCGGAGCGAGAAGCGGCUUGGGACCUGCUGCGAGACUUCACCACUAAGGAGUUUCGGGGUGCAGCGCAAGAUCCCUACCUCAGUUCACCUGCCAAGCGACAACGGCUGCGAGACGCCUUAAAAGUAGCCUAUGCCCAACCGCACCCACCCUCCGGAUGGGUGGGACCGGCAGCAGGCGGCGAGGUAUUGCUGGGGGUGCUUGCCAGUGAUAUACGCUUUGCAGCGCGAGCCUACAGGGACUGGUGCGAGGAGCUGAGCCUACCGCUCGUGGCCCCAGCGUCAAGGGUUGACGGAGUGCCUGACGCGAUGCAGCUGCGCGGCGGCGUGUACCUCAAGUACAACUCCAACACCCAGCUUUGCUACGUCUCAAGGUAUGACGGCAGAGAUCGAGGCGUGCUUCUGCAACUGGGGCAGGCCCAACUGGGACAUUUCCCGCUUGGAUUCUUCGACGAAGGGAUGACUAAGCCGCCCCCCCACUUCUAAAGCGAGUGCUUCCGUGCUGACCAGUUGGGGCGGUAAAUGGUAAUGUUGGUUAACGACAAGUGCGCGACGGAUCAACGGAAUGUAACCCAGGCUUGGGAGUCCAGUCAAUCAAAUGAAAUGGGUAUUGUAUGGUUGUAUGAAUAUUUGGCUUUAAUCGUUGGGGUAUGCGUCAAGACUAUCUCGGCCUUGCGUUGGAGGAUUAGUGGACAUCAACAGAUUUGCAAAGGCACACGGCGCGUGAAAAAAUGCUGGAUUGUUACCCCUAAACUCGAUCCACAUGCAGCAAUAACUUUGGUCUAAGGUAGAAACAUCGCUUGGUAACCCUGCGUCUUUACAUCCUUUCCUACGCUCCAGAACCGCUGGAACCUGGCGCCAACAAGAUGUAUGCAUGUUGCAAACCUUGCAAUACAACCUUGAUAGCCUAUGUUCUUCAGGUAUUAUAGAACACGAUUCUAUGAUGGGAGUAGAAUAGGCGCUUGGAAUAAUUUUGCUUUUCUUGAGGGCUUGGAAGGCGUACCACAAAAUUUUCAUGUGCAUCGUCAGCACGUACGUAGUCGUUUUGUAACAAGCAUCGCUCUGACUACAUUAGCAGGAUAUUGUGUAGGAACAAGCUCUUCUCGAAGCCAUAGAUAGUUUGUAGUCGACAGCCAGGGGAAUCCGCGUGUUGCGCUCUUCAUAUUUAGCAGUCUUGUCACAGCUUGCAGGCAUCUUUAAGCAAGGAAUAACGUGAGAUCUGUGGAGGUCUCGCACGACGCAGUUUCCCAUCGGGUCUGUUUCAACAGGCUGGGAGUCUGGAGCAACCGACUGCACACCAACCUGCGAAACAUUAGUGAGGUUGGGGCUGGUCCAAACAAGCACAUUUUACUACACGACAAGCAAGGCACACUUAAUUCAUUACAACAAGCAUGCAGGGUUCCUGGGGAAGCGGUAUGGCGGGCUCCCUUAACAUUCAGGGGCUCCUUGGCAACGUCGCAUUGAGCAACAUCCUUGCAGCACUGCAUCAAGAUAACAGCACGGAUCUCAAUGGUAUGGUUGGGACGUACAUGGCUGUUAACCCCGGUCGGCUUCCCAGCGAUUAUGGCAAGUUGAACGUCCUCUCCGCGGACGGCGGCAUGUCGGUCCCCCGCACGGAUGACACGCCUAGCCGCCAUCUGUGGGUGGGCAAGGUCAUGACUAACGUCGACCGGGCUCUCCUCGAAGAGCUAUUUGCUCACUUUGGUCCUGUGGAGUCUGUUCGAGUUUUCCCCGGCAAGGCGUUCGCCUUCGUCAACUUCGUAUCGGCACAGCACGCUGCCACCGCCAAGGCAACUCUGCACGGGCAGCUGGUGCAUAUGGUCACGUGCAACCGCCCUUUGGAGAUCCGCUACCAGAAGCGACAAAUAUACCAUCACGUCCUCCAACCCCAGCCAACGGUCGUUGCGAAUGACUUGCAAGGACAGCCCCUGCACAGCCGUGACCAGUACGGCCGGAGCUCGGGCGUGGGGCUCGGCGAAGGUACGGUUGACGGCGCCAAAGUCUUGCUCCAGUCUGCGUGCGCGUCAAUCGUUUGGCCAGGUGGAGGCGUCGGCGGAGGCGUCGGCGAAGUCAAAGGAGACCUCAUGAGCAGCAGCAGUAGCUGCGAGGCUGCUGGUGUCAACGAGAAUGAGGAGUCGGGUUGCAAGGGGACCCAGGCGCUACAACAGGAUGCCGCUGCUGCCAUGCCUCCUCCAGAGGGUCAGGCCAAAGCGAUUGCCUCGAGCGGCAACGGCCCGCAAUCCCUCACUCAGUGCGAGGCUGAAGAGCAACGGUCGACCCUGCCGCUGCCGCCAUUGCCGCCAACUUCACAAGACGUAAGCGCACGCAAAGGCCCAAAUUUUCCCGAUGACGGCCACCAUGACACUGCGACCAGGCACGGCAUUGACCCUUCGGCACCGGAGGCCAAACCGGCCCAUGGCAGCACCGAUCUGGAGGCCCUGCUGUCGAGCCUCAAUGCGCUGGGUCUGCCGGUAGACUUCGGCGACAAGGGAAACGACAAGAGCGGCAGCAGCAGCGGCAACACGCCGAGCGACCCAGAUGGCGCCGUUUGCUCCAAUGGCACCACGGGCGCCGACGCAUGCAGCAGCAGCACUGCCGCCAGUAGCGUGGUCGACAGCACGAGUACGAGCGCCUGUGACGAUUGUGACAGCGGUACGACAGUGGCCUCGGACGAGGGUACGGCAGGCUGUCCGAGCCGGCACCUGUGGCUGGGCAACGUAAUCCCAGGAUUGGAUAAAAACGUCCUGGAAGCCCUCUUUCGGCACUUCGGCCCCGUGGAGUCCAUCCGCGUCUUCCCCGAUAAGAACUUUGCCUUCGUCAACUUCGUCUCGCCCAAGGACGCGGCCGCAGCCAAGGCAGCUCUCCAUGGACAGCAGGUACCCCCGGUGAGCAACAACAACCGCCCCCUGGAGGUCCGCUACCAGCUGCGACCACAGGGGCAGCAGCAGCAGAACUCAGCCCUGCCACAGCUGUCAUUCCUGAACAGCAUCGGCCUCGGGGUCGUCCGGGCUGCGAGUAUGAUACCAUACUUGACCCCUCGAGAUUACGCCGGGCUUCACCUGGGCCUUGUGGAUGGCUGCAGCGCCGACCGGUUGGCUGCGGGUACGGCUGCUACUGCUGGCUCAGCUGUUAGGGGUGUGGCUGACACCGGUGCUGGGACUGAGGUGAACGGGGGCGUAGUUGCGAGCGGCAGCAACAUUGCUGCUGGGGUGGAGGGUGCGCCUGCAGGCAGCGGGCGCAGCGAGCAGCCCGGCCGCUGCUUGUGGCUGGGCAACAUCCCGUCCAACGUGGAUCGAGCCGUCCUGGAGGAGGUCUUCACGCAAUUCGGCCCGUUGGAGUCGGUUCGCAUCUUCCCGGACAGGAAUUUUGCCUUUGUCAACUUUCAGGUGCCGGAGCACGCAGCAGCUGCUAAGGAGAACCUGAACGGCCGACCCGUGCACCGCCUGACGGGCAGCAACCCGCUUCUGGUGCGCUACCCAAGAAACACGUCGAGGUCGGCCAGCUCAGGGGAGCGUGCUGAUGCCCCGGCCGCUGCUAGCGCCAUGGCCCUUGCUGAGUGGCUGCUGGGGACUGCCAGCGCGGGGCUGAACCUUGCACCGGCAGCCAACCUUUGCAACAUGCUGAACCCCAACAGCGGCCACUUCAAUCCAGAGUUUGCGGAACGGUACAAGCAGCUGAGCAAGCCGGACAAGGACAACAUCCAAGGAGAUUUCGCCGGGGCGCCCGGACCUCAUGCGACUACCUGCACCAGUGCUGCUGCCCAGGCCGGCGCUGGAAUCCCCGCCACUGGCUUCGCCCUUCCCGUUGGCGGUGGAAACUUUGCGCUCGCCCCGCAACUGGCACAGGUUGCGGGCCAGGGCGCCCCGACUCAAGCCCAAGUAAACCUGAAGCAUACGGCAGAUUUCAUGGUCGCAGCAAGCGCCGCGGGGGCUGUUGCUGGGCAGUCCGGCGGUAUUGCCGUGCCGGCCCUGGUCCAGGGAGCCGACAACGCGUUUGGGUCCCUAAUGCUGGCCCUGCAACAGCAACAGCACGUGCUGGCGCCUGCCGGAGCGCCUGUGCUCUUGCCUCAGGGUGUUGUCCAAAGCAUGCUUCCACACCACAUCGCUGCAAUCAAUGCUGGGCUGGUCCCGCAGCUUGUGCCACAGCAGCAGCAGAUGCUGCUUCCACAGCAUCCCAUGGCUGUGCCAGUUGGCGCCCCACCGCCGUCGCAGCAGCAGAUGCUCUACCAUCUCCGCUCCGUAGGCAGCUUGGAGGAGGCGCUCCGCUUGUACCAUAGCGCUCCUGCAGGAAUGCAGACCUACUUGGGAACGUCCCCAGCAGGAAUGGACUCUAGCCGUGGCCUGCCCAACCGAGUGCUACAGUCCAUGCUCGCUCAUUCUGCGUCGUCAGGCUCCACCUUCGCCCUUGGCACGGACUCCAGCCUCUCGCAAGCAGCAGCAGCAGCUGCGCUCGGCCUGAGCCAGGCAAGCGGCGGUAGCGGUUCAAGUGGCUCUGCGUUAACGCACGCUCAGUUGCAG